UCCAUGGCCAAUUCUUCUCAUGUGACAGAGUUCCUGCUAUUGGGAUUCUCCAGUCUUGGGGAAGUGCAGCUCAUCCUCUUUGCGGUUUUUCUCUGCCUCUAUCUGAUCAUCCUGAGUGGAAAUGUCACCAUUAUCUCUGUCAUCCAGUUGGACCGAAACCUCCAUACACCAAUGUACUUCUUUCUAUGUGUCCUCUCUACCUCUGAGAUCUUCUAUACCAUUGUCAUCCUUCCCAAGAUGCUCAUCAAUAUGCUCUCUGUGUUCAGGACACUUUCCUUCACCAGCUGUGCCACCCAGAUGUUCUUCUUCCUUGCCUUUGCUGUCACCAACUGUCUACUCCUGGGAGUGAUGGGUUAUGACCGCUAUGCAGCCAUCUGCCAUCCGCUACGAUAUCCCAUCAUCAUGAGCUGGAGGAUUUGUGCGCAGCUAGCUGGAGCAUGCAUUGUAAGUGGCUUCCUAAUAUCUCUGGUUGGAACAACACUGGUCUUCACCCUCCCUUUCUGUGGCCCCAACAAGGUCAACCACUACUUCUGUGACAUCUCCCCAGUUAUUCGUCUUGCCUGCGCAGAAACUUACAUCAAUGAGCUCGUCAUUUUCAUCUGUGGGGUCUUUGUGCUGGUGGUGCCUAUGACUUUCAUCUUCAUUUCUUAUGGUUUCAUUGUCAGCACCAUUAUGCGGAUACCAUCAACAGAAGGCAAGAGAAAAGCCUUCUCUACCUGUGCCUCCCACCUCAUUGUGGUCAUUAUCCACUAUGGCUGUGCUUCUUCAGUCUACCUGAGACCAUCAGCCAAGCACUCUUCUGGCAAAGACAGACUGGUGACAGUGACCUACACUGUGAUCACUCCAUUGCUGAACCCCAUGGUGUACAGCCUCAGGAACAAGGAAGUGCAGAUGGCCAUUCGCAAAGUGAUUGGAAAGACUAGGGUUUCACUGAGGACUUUGUGA